AUGUUUAAACAAUUUUACAUCUUUCUAACAUGUUUAUUAUUAACAAUUGUUAAUGCUAAAUCUUUUUUGGAUUCUGAAAAUGUUUUAGUUUUAUAUGAUUCUGAAUUGAUUCAUUUGAACGAUUCUACAUCCUUGAGUAAACCAAUUGAUGAAUUUAUGAAUUAUUUAAAUGAUAAAUUUACAGUUACUAUUUCAACUUAUAAUAAUAAUGAAGAUGAACAAGGAGAAGAAAUUGAAUUAUUUUAUCAAGAUUUUCCAAAAUUUCAACAUAUUGUAUUUUUCCCAUCAAGUAAAAAAGCAAUUAAACUUAAAGAAGUUUUAAAUCAACAUAAUUUAUUAAGAUUUCUUAAUGAAGAUGGUAAUAUUUUAGUUGUUGGUGGAUCAAUUGGUGUUUUACCUGAUGGAAUUAGAGGAUUUUUAAAUGAAGUUGGUAUUUAUCCAUCACCUAAAAAUUAUAAAUAUUUUGAUCAUUUUAAUUCAAAUAAAAAUGGAAAUGUUGAAUUAAUUAAAGAAAAUAUCAUCAAUUCUAGAUUAAUUUCCAAUGAAGAUUUAUUAAUUGGUAAAGAAUAUGACGGUAAUGCUGCUUUAAUUUCAAAUAAUGAAUAUGUUUUCCCAAUUGUUGGAUCUUCAUCCACUGGUUAUACUAAUAAAAUUGGUGAAUCAUCAAUGGAUGGUGAAACUACUUGGACUUUUGGUGAACAAGGUUAUUUAUCAGUUGGAUUCCAAGCAUUAAAUAAUGCUAGAUUAGUUUGGUUGGGCUCUUCUUCAUUAUUGAAUGUUCCAGAUUUAUAUAAAUGGUGUUUCCAAAAACAAGGUAAAUUAAAAUUACAAUUUGUACAACAUGUUAAAGAAAUUGAACCAACUAAACCAAAUCCUCAAUUGUAUAGAAUUAAGGAUCAAGCUAUUUAUACUAUUGGAGUUUCUGAAUUGGUUGAUGAUAAAUGGGUUCCAUUUAAAGUUGAAAAUGAUGAUGAUCAAUUGCAAUUAUCUUUUAAAAUGUUGGAUCCUUAUCAAAGAUUGAAUUUAAGACCAUUGGGUGAAGUUAGUUCCAAUGAAUCUGAUUCUACUCAAUUAGAUACUUAUGCAUAUUAUGCCAAUUUUACUAUUCCUGACCAUCAUGGUAUGUUUACAUUUGAAUUGGAUUAUAAAAGAGUUGGAUUAUCUUAUUUAUCUGAUAAACGAGUUGUUACUGUUAGACAUUUAGCUAAUGAUGAGUUCAAAAGGUCUUGGGAUAUAACCAAUUCUUGGUUAUAUAUUGCAAGUACUACUUUAGUUAUCAUUGCUUGGUUGAUGUUUGUUGUUUCCUAUAUUUAUGUUGGUAAACCAAAUCUUACAAAGAAAGAUCAAUAA